AGGGUGUCAUCGAUGUAGAGGGGAAUCUGCCUCUUCUCGAAGGGGAACUCCUCCUCCCCGUCCCUGCAGACCGCCACCAGCCGCGCCAUCUCCGCCGCGUCCCCGCGCUGCAGCCUGCGAGCAGGGAGCGCCCAGAGCAGCGGGACUUGGGGAUGGCUGCAGAUUGCCGGGAAACUUGACUGAUUCAAGAGGAGGAGAGCGGCGGUUUGUGCUGCGGGCUCUUCGGGCUGGGCUGCACGAGCGAAGCCCCCGACACACGGCCGGCACGAGUCGCCCGCAGCGCCGCGCUGGAGAAGUGCCAAGAUGCCAAAGCAGGUAAACUGCCAAAAAGAAGAUUCCGUCACCCAGAAUGACCUGAAUGUAUCAUAUGAAGAAGAAGUCAGGGCUUUUCUCAGUGAUGAAGAGAAGCUGCAUCUUUUUGAUGAUCUCACAAAAGUUAAUCCGGUGACGACGACGACAGUUCUGAAAUGUCUUCAAGCAAGAUACACAGUAAACUUGUUUUAUACAAAUGCUGGCUGCAGCCUGGUGGCUUUAAAUCCAUUUCAGCCUAUCUCCUGCCUCUAUUCACCCGAGCUUAUGAGAGAGUACCAUGUUGCAGUUCGCCCCCAGGAUUUAAAACCUCACAUCUUUGCAGUGGCUGAAGAAACCUACAGAAAUGUUCAAAGCCAGAUAGACCCCAUAAACCAGUGUAUCAUUGUUAGUGGAGAAAGUGGUGCUGGGAAGACCUGGACAUCUCGCUGCCUUAUGAAAUUUUAUGCUUCUGUUGCUGCUUCUGUAACCUCCCCAAAAGGCAAUGAAGCUGUGGAACGGAUAGAGAAGAGAGUGCUGGAUUCCAACCCUAUCAUGGAAGCAUUUGGAAAUGCAUGUACCCUGAGGAAUAACAACAGCAGCCGUUUUGGAAAAUAUAUUGAGCUUCACUUGGACAGGUUCCACCAUCUGAGUAGUGCUUCUAUUCAGACUUUCCUUUUGGAGAAGACAAGAGUUGCCUAUCAGGCCCCCAAUGAAAGAAACUUUCAUAUUUUUUAUCAGAUCACAAAAGGUGCCACUGCAGAGGAGAGACUGGCAUGGAACCUUCCAGAAGGGGCUGACUACCGCUGGCUGCCAAAUUCUGACAGAAACUUAGAAGAGGACUGCUUCGAGGUGACCAGAGAUGCAAUGUUUCACUUGGGCAUUGACCGCUCCACGCAGAACAAUAUUUUCAAGGUAUUGUCAGGCCUUCUCCAUCUUGGGAACAUUCAAUUCUCUAAUCCAGUGGAUGAAUCACAGCCUUGUGAACUAGAAGACAAAGCCAAAGUCUUUGUGAAGACUGCAGGAGACUUGCUGAAGAUACCUGUCGACAAGCUACUGGAAUCAUUGAGAAUUCGAACAAUAACUGCUGGAAAACAACAGCAAGUCUUCAAGAAGCCGUGCUCUAGAACUGAAUGUGACACUAGGAGGGACUGCCUUGCCAAAGUGAUCUAUGCUAAGUUGUUUGAAUGGCUCGUUUUGGUCAUAAACGAAAGCAUUUAUGCAGAUACGUCAUUGUGGACCAGCUUCAUAGGUUUGUUGGAUGUUUAUGGUUUUGAAGCCUUCCCUGAAAACAACUUGGAACAGCUUUGUAUUAAUUAUGCCAAUGAGAAACUGCAGCAGCACUUUGUAGCACACUAUCUGAAGGCUCAACAGGAAGAAUAUGCAGCUGAAGGUCUACAGUGGUCUUUCAUAAACUACCAGGACAACCAGAGUUGCCUUGAUCUGAUAGAGGGCAAUCCUCUCAGCAUUUUUUCUCUGCUGAACGAGGAAUGCCGUUUGAAUAGAUCCUCUAAUCCUGACCUGUUUCAAACUCGGAUUGAAAAAGCUUUGUCUGACAAUCAAUGUUUAAGUCGAGACAAGUUUAGUAAGAAGCCUAACUUCAUUAUUUCACAUUAUGCUGGAAAAGUCUGCUAUCAGCUGGAAGCAAUGGUAGAGAAAAAUAAGGACCCCAUUCCACCAGAACUUGUCCAUGUUCUGCAAAAUUCUAAGGAUGCUUUGCUUCAAAGAUUAUUUCCUAUUGCAGAAAGCAACCAAAAUAAUACCAAAACACAGAACAGAGCAGCUGUUGUUACAGUGGUGUCAAAGUUCAAGAGUUCACUUGAAAAUCUCAUGCAGAUCUUGAAUAGCACCAAACCGCAUUACAUCCGAUGCAUCAAGCCUAAUGCUGACUGCAAGGCAAUGACUUUUAGAAGAGAAGAGGUUCUUAGCCAGCUUCAGGCAUGUGGAAUAGUUGAAGCCAUCACCAUCAGCGCAGCAGGCUUCCCUAUUAGGAUCUCUUUCCAAAGCUUCACUGAUCGCUACAAAAUACUGAGAAAAUCACAUAGGUCCAGUAAAAACAGUGCAUAUGAUAAAAGCAACUACCCUGCUGCCAAGAAAAAAGGCGAGACUGCAGCGGAGGAUGACAACAACGCAUCACGUUCUGUCAUUGUUGAGAUCCUGCAGAAUGUUGUUAUGGGACAAACUGCUGCUGAGCCAACAGGGAAGGGAUCAGAGAAUACUCCAGUGUACUGUGGCAAAACCAAAGUAUUUAUGGCUAAUUCUGUGCUAGAGCAACUUGAAGCUAGAAGAGCAGAGGUGUUAAAUGAGAAAGCAUUUUGCAUUCAGUGUUGGUGGAGAAGAUUUAAACAGAAGAAACUUGCAAAGGAGAAAAGGUCUGCAACCCUCAUCCAAGCAGCUGUUCGCUCCUGGUUAGCCAAGAACCGCUUCCAAAGGAUGCGCAGGGCUGCAGAUGUCAUUAAGCAUGGAUGGAGGAAAUGGAAAGCAAAAAUGGCUGCUUUAGCAGCAGCAGAAUUAGAUGAGGGUGAUGAAAAUGCACCUUUCUCAGCAAGGUCAGCCAGAUCACCUUCCUUUUUGGAAACAGCUUGGCCUCUACAUGCAGUCAUUCAGUUCUGGCCUCUUGGCCUCGUCCUGUCUGCUGCACCUGUUACCGUAGUGGGACUCCGGAGAGAGCUGUCCCUGCUGGCAUGCUUGAAAGUACUUCAGGGGAUUGGCUGCUACAAGAUGGAAAGCAGCUUCUUAGGCUGUGGCAUCACUUCUAUUAGAGCUCUCCCACAGGGCUCUGUCAGGUUUCACUGCAAGAAGUCUCCCCUGCAUUACGCAAAUGUCAGUCCCCACACAGCUGCCUAUUCUAUCACCGGAUUUAACCAGAUUUUAUUGGACAGAAAAGAACUGCUUCCAACAUAACUUUUGGCCAUCCGCGUGCAUGCAUUUUUUCCUUCAGGGAAGGACUGUCUGCAGGCUGCUGCUUUUCAAGUUGCUCAACAUCCCUAUCUGCUGCUACCUCAGAGUUUUCUAUAAUCAUGCAGUGUAUGUAUAUUAUAAUUCAAAUUUAGACUGCAGGGGAGGCAUUCCUUCCCUCACACGCACACAUACUAGACGAAAUAAUCAGUACUAUGAGAACACUCAAUAGAUCAAGUGCUUUAAAGAGUAUAUACUUGAACAAAACACUUCUGGCAGUACAUGGUCAAAACGAGAGACUGGUAAUGAGACAGCAAAAAAGGCAAACACUUCUGAUGUGUGCCAGGUUCUUGUUGGGAGGUACCACAUUUAGUAACCUGUGUCCAAGGAAGUAAGUUGCAGUCAACUGUAACACUAAAGGCAGAUGUCUCAGGGAAAACCAAGACAAAACUCUUGGUUUUUAAUAACAGGACCAAAAUACAUUGUGGUCUGUCUGUUUCUAACACAACCUAGCCAACAACAUUACCUCUGGAGGGACCAAGGUUCUCACUGGGGCACCCUGUACCGCCUGUUGUGCAUUUGGGUCUUGAAAAUGUUCAGCUUUUCUAUGUAUGCCACAUCUAAAUAAACUAUCAAGUAUCUUGUGAA